UCACUUCCGCCUCAAUUAACUUUAACCUUUCAACAACUUCCUUAUUUUAUGGAAAGACAAAAUGGCGGCCUCCAUGCAGCGCAUUGGAAUAGUUAUCUGUCGCACUUUUCCUGUUAUUUUACAGCGAAAUCUUCAAUCGCAGGGAUUUCGUGUCUGGAAAAUAACUCCCAUCUCUACUGCUUCAGUCCAGUGGGUGAAUGCUCGUGCAUCGUCUUCAUCAUCAUCAUCAUCAUCUUCUGAAGAUGAAACUGAAACCCCUAAAACACUGUCUAGAUAUGCAGAGAGCCCAUGGCAAUACUUAGAAAGUGAAGAGUACAUUGAGCGCUAUGGAUCAAAACCUAUUUGGUCAGACUACAGAAGGAACCAUAAAGGAGGAAUUCCUCCACAAAAGACAAGGAAGACCUGUAUUAGAGGAGACAAGAUUUGUGGGAACCCUUGUCCCAUUUGUCGUGAUGCAAACGUCAUUAUCCACUACAAGAACGUUAACUUGCUGAAGCAGUUUAUUAGUCCUCAUACAGGAGUAGUUUACGAUCCCACUCGAACAGGGGUGUGCAUGAAACAACAGAAACAACUUAAUAAGGCCAUUGACACAGCUAGAGAUCAUGGUUUACUUCCAGUCCAGCUGCCACAUGUGGACUACUCGAAAGAGGACUACUCAAACACACAUUGUGCUGUAGGACAAACACCUGCUCCAUCUUCCCUCACCUCGGGAGAGCCGUGGUAUCCGUGGUACGGCAGACUUGAACCAGAUGAACGAGAACUGGCAAGAGUGAAGAGGAUCUACAAAGCCUACCUAAAAUAAUGAGUAUUUAACUACAAAGGGCAUGGACAUUUCCCUUGAUGUGUUACAUUUGGCACAUGCAGUGUAAUAUAAGAAAUAAAACCUUCAAACAAA